AUGCCAGCAGAAGACUAUGCCAGCAGUCACGAAGAAAGAGUUCAUUGGGGAUUCACAAAGAUUUUAAUGAUAGUUGUACUUUACGGCUUGAGCUUGGCAUGCAUCAUCCUCGGCCUGAAGCCGUUGUUCGACAUGGAGUUCGAAAUCAAGAGUUUUGCAAAUUUGACCUUCGUUGCAUUCCAUGCAUUCUACAUGUUCAGUUUCAUGGCUGUCCAUAAAAAAAGCCACUUCAUCUUCUGGUCCAUAACAUAUUUGUUCCUAAGUGGGAUCUCUCUUCUCUUCUACUUCUACGAAGACUUGUUCCUGUGA